CCUUUGCCCGAUGGCUUCAAGAAAAGAAGCCCAAUCACCAAUGUAGCCAGAAUUGCUAUGCCAGCUUGCGGGGACUCAAAGGAGUCAAGCUCAUGUAGAUCAGAGAAGACCGUGAAGACCGACAAGACCUGGAUCGUUCAGCACAUAGCACCUCUGCGAGAGCAGCGUGCAGAUGGACCGUUGGAGUUGCGUCCUGAAACUGCGGAAACUGCUGGCCACUCCAAAUCUUCAUGGGACCCGCCCAAUCUGGCAGCCUAUCUACAGCACAGGCCAGAGCUGAAAGAAGAAAACUACCUCAGAGAACGAACGAUGCAAAGAGGUCCAGCGCCUCGCCUCGGCCACUCGGUGCAGCACGUCAUCGACACAGUUCGCGCCACCCGUGCGCGGCGGGAGGCAGGUGCUGCGUCUGCCGAUGCCAAUGGCAAGGAUGAAGCCAAGGAUCGUGAAGGCUCGCCAAGAGGAAGCCCAAGAUCCCCAAGGUUGCCCUAUGCACCAAGAUCUCCGAGGCGAAGCACCUUGUUGGAUCAGUUGCUUCAACAGCAGGUCCUGGGCAAGUCUUCACGAAGCCCAGGAAGCCCAGGAAGCCCAGGAAGCCCAGGAGGCGGAAGCGCUGGAUGCAAUGGUGGGUACAGUGGGUACCCAAUUCCAAAUGCACCAGGAACACUAGAAGCACCACUUCCCUCUACCUCCAGUCUCAGCAUACCUGUGUUGCAUCGAAGUGGCCGUGGGAUGGCCCAUCUUCUAGGGCGGCCUCUGGAGGUGGUGCAGGAAGAGUUUGAGGGCUUUUCGGAAUCUGUGGGCUCAAGGUCCAGACCGUCCAGACCUGUCACAAUUCAUUCUACUCCCAGAGUUGCAGAUCUGCCUGCCAAAGUUAAAUGGGAAACUCUGCUCGCAAGUCGCGAGGCGCGACAGACUGCCGGAUGUCCAACAACAUAUUUGCUGAAGGACCGAUUCAAGACAUGUAAAAUCUCCAGCAGCAUCAUGGCUUCGCGCUUCUCUGAACCCAGCGAUCCGGGGCUAUCCGACUUAAUGCUGCAAGAGUGUACGUGGUGUCGUGCGGCCUUACCAGCAACGGCAGCCAGAUCUGAGCAGGGGGUUGUUCAGUGUCCCAGCUGCCAUCGGAGCUUUGAUGGCAGAAAGGCAAAAGUGAGCAUGUUUGGUGGUGAGGGCCUUCUAUAGUGACUUUGCAAGGACAAAGCUUCCUUGCCCAGAGUUCCUCCAAGUGUUCAACAUGUUGCAGAGCAUCAUCGAAAAGGAC